CUUUGCUGCUGGCUGAUUCAGAUGCCCUCUGGGUCUUUUCUCUCAACUUUGCGCUCGUCCAAUCUUAUCUUACGGUACCCCGCGAUAUGACAGCUGGAAUCCAUAUUGACUAGCCAUUACAACGCUCGUUUGCUAUACACGCUCUUUCAUUCUCUGCUGUCACCAUUUUAUCAGAGUCUUCUAGCUCUACUUCUCUAUUUUUCGCACAAUAUAGACCGUCUUGCCCCUCAUCAUGGCUACAAACUCAGCACCGCGGCCAGAGAACAGUUCUGUCUUGGGGGAGUCCUGGGUCGUUGCAGACGCCAACUCGCAGUUCUUUCCACAGAAGAGUAUUCCCGAGGUGCCGCAAAGUCGACAAGAUGAAGUCAGAUCUCGGCGUUCGUAUAGCCAGCCACCAAGGCCUAGUUCGCCCCAGGCGACAUCUGUUGCUUCGAGUUCGGGACCCGAGCUUAUUAUGCCAUCUAUAUACGACGAUACGAUAUCAGAGGCCUCGUGGGUCGCUCCAAAACUACGACAUCGCAAGGGUUCGUUACACAAGCACAAGAAGACUGAGCAGACUUCUCCAGAAGCAGCACAAGAGAAAGCUCAUGUUCCUGAGGCUUCCACGACAGUUGCCAACGACCCUCUUGCAGCUCACCCAGACAUCUCAAGCAGCCUGUCCGAAAAAGCAUGGGAGAUUGUCCAAUCGAUAGGAUCCAAAAAGUACACGAAAAAUAUAGUGUCAAUUUUCCUACUCCUGGCUAUUUUGCACCUGCUGGUUCUGCCGGAGUUGAUCUAUCAGUAUCCGAUUAUCUGCAACGUGUCCCUCGUCCUUACUAUCUACCCUGCCAGCUGUGCUCAGACGCCAGGUACUGUCCAAUAUAAGCGCUCUCCAGCUGAGAUUCAGAGGCAUUCGCAAUACCAGUCAAUCGCAAGCUCUCAGGCGCAAUUUGAAGCUGCGCUCAAUACAACGAUCCACGAGAUCAACCUUGUGCCCAGUCCGCUCAAAAAAGAAGAGUCCGCACUUCGUGAUCUAUACGGUCAGCUGAAGGCGACAUAUACAGGAGCGAAAUAUGAGCUAGACUUGGAAUUCCAGGGAACAUGGCCAGCCAUCCGUUCUGCUUCUCUUCAGCUUGAUCUCCUCACGGCUGAUAUGGUGUCAGCUUUAGAUCGACUCGAAGAAGAGUCCAGGAUGACGAAGCAACUAUUGCAGGUUCGUGAUCCAAUGCAAGAUGAUGCAAAUGGAAACGGGAAAGGCUCUUCCAACGGAUUCUUGGGAUUCUCAGUCGAGUUCUCUUGGCGUUCCCCGGAAAAUAGUGAGACAUCGUUUCCAAGCCAGAUCUCCCACCAUGCGCAUAUCCUCCAGCGACAAGCUUCAUUGGUCAGGUCGAGAGUCGGUUCAGUGCUUUCGGAAAUUGCCAAAAUGGAUGAACAUCUUGAAUCAGUAGAGGACAUACUGAUUCGGGAGGAGCAAGCGUCAUCCGAUGCUUCUCAGAACAAUACGAGGUCCUUCGUUUCAGAUGCCACGCGUUUGAUCCGUCGAGUAUCCUCUCUUGUUCUCGACCAGAACGAUGAAUCGCAGCCAGAGGUUCAGGAGGUCUCCAAGUCCUCCCUACUACGUGAGAUAGUCUUUCAACACCGUCGUGUGGCGCAAACCCUGAGGACGCUCGACAGCAAGAUGGAGGGGUUGCAGAAGCGCAUCCCUUGAGGGAAAGAUCAUGAUGACAGUUUUUGGAUAAUGCUAUAAUGCUUAUGAAUUAUGAUAGCAGAUGGAGAACACGCAUUGCAUGGUACAAGGCUAUGAGCGAUCAUACCCAUAUUUUCGUUAUGAGUUUGGGCGUCUUUCUGUUCAAAAUCGCAUGGGUAUGCUUUUAUUAUUAUGGGAGUAGGUCUCGUCUUAGUAGGAUCACGUGGGAAUAACCUUAUUGGGGGUAUUUGCUUUCUAUGAGCCUCGCAAUCGAUACAUGCCUUCUUUCUAUGUAUUUCCUGGGUCCAUGAAGAAAGUUACACUUGGUAGAAUCCU